CUGCUGGAACCAGGUUUGCAGGACCAGCACUGAGUCUGGCCUGUAGGCAGAAGAGAGAGACAGGGCGACGCUGCUGCACCUGAACAGUAACAUUUUGUAGCUCAGGUUAAACCAUGCUGUGGUAUUUGGGGCUGACCUGUGCGCUCUGCAUGGGAGGACACAUUGCAGCAGGACAGAGAGAUGGAGAAAUUAUCAGUCAGAUUAAAAUGACGAACCUUGCACUGGCAGAGAUUAAAGAGCUUCUGAAACAACAGAUAAAAGAGAUAGUAUUCCUGAAGAACACUGUGAUGGAGUGUGAAGCCUGUGGGAUGGGAGGAAUGCAGCCUCGUCCCUCCUGUGUGCCCAAUCCCUGCCACCCUGGGGUGAAGUGUAAGGAGACACCUCAGGGUAUUAAGUGCGGACCCUGUCCUGAAGGCAUGGAGGGUAACGGUACCCACUGCACUGAUGUGGACGAGUGUACUGUGAUGCCGUGUCACAUGGGUGUGCGCUGCAUAAACACCUCCCCGGGUUUCCGCUGUGGUUCCUGUCCUGCUGGAUACACUGGCCCCCAGGUCCAGGGCGUCGGCCUCGCAUACGCCACCGCCAACAAACAGGUGUGCAAAGAUAUCAAUGAGUGCGAAGGCUCCAACAACGGAGGAUGUGUGGUGAACUCUGUCUGCAUGAACACACCUGGCUCGUUCAGGUGUGGACCGUGUAAGACGGGCUAUGUUGGGGAUCAGCGACGAGGCUGUAAGCCUGAGAGAGCAUGUGGGAAUGGCCAACCCAACCCAUGCCACGCCAGCGCAGAGUGCAUUGUCCAUCGAGAGGGUAAAAUCGAGUGUCAGUGUGGGGUCGGAUGGGCUGGAAACGGCUAUCUCUGCGGGGCUGACAUUGACAUAGAUGGUUUCCCCGAUGAGAAACUGGACUGUCCUGAGAGGAACUGUAUCAAGGAUAAUUGUCUCACUGUGCCCAAUUCUGGUCAAGAAGAUGCUGACAGUGAUGGAAUUGGAGACGCCUGUGAUGAGGACGCAGAUGGUGACGGGAUCCUCAACACACAAGAUAACUGUGUGUUGGUGCCUAACGUAGACCAGAGGAACAUUGACGAGGAUGAUUUUGGCGAUGCCUGUGACAACUGCCGCGCUGUCAAAAACAAUGACCAAAAAGACACAGAUGUGGACAAAUUUGGUGAUGAAUGUGAUGAAGACAUUGAUGGAGAUGGAAUCCUCAAUCACCUGGAUAACUGCAAAAGGGUUCCCAACGCUGACCAGAAAGAUCGUGAUGGCGACAAAGUGGGAGAUGCCUGCGACAGCUGUCCUUAUAUUCCAAACCCUGACCAGACGGACGUGGACAACGACUUGAUUGGAGACCCAUGUGACACUAACAAGGACAGCGAUGGUGACGGUCACCAAGACUCCCGGGACAACUGUCCAGCCGUCAUCAACAGCUCCCAGCUGGACACCGACAAGGAUGGCCAGGGAGACGAGUGUGAUGAUGACGAUGAUAAUGACGGCAUCCCAGACCUGCUGCCACCUGGUCCAGAUAACUGCCGUCUGAUCCCCAACCCCCUGCAGGAGGACUCCAACGGUGAUGGUGUGGGUAAUGUAUGCGAGAAGGAUUUCGACAAUGACACUAUCAUCGACACCAUCGACGUUUGUCCAGAAAACGCCGAGGUCACCCUCACCGACUUCAGAGAGUACCAGACGGUCGUUUUAGAUCCGGAGGGAGAUGCACAGAUCGACCCCAACUGGGUGGUGCUGAACCAGGGAAGAGAGAUUGUCCAGACUAUGAACAGUGAUCCUGGAUUGGCUGUUGGCUACACAGCUUUCAGCGGCGUGGAUUUUGAAGGGACGUUUCAUGUAAACACGGUAACGGACGACGACUACGCAGGAUUUAUCUUCGGGUACCAGGACAGCUCCAGUUUCUACGUGGUGAUGUGGAAGCAGGUGGAACAGAUCUACUGGCAGGCAAACCCAUUCAGAGCCGUGGCAGAACCAGGCAUCCAACUGAAGGCUGUGAAGUCGACCACGGGUCCGGGUGAAAAUCUGAGGAACGCUCUGUGGCACACAGGCGACACAAGUGACCAGGUCAAACUCCUGUGGAAAGAUGCUCGCAAUGUUGGCUGGAAGGACAAGACUUCUUACCGCUGGUUCCUCCAACACCGACCUGCCGACGGAUACAUCAGAGUUCGCUUCUACGAGGGUCCUCAGAUGGUGGCGGACACAGGUGUUAUCAUUGACGCCACAAUGAGAGGAGGUAGACUUGGAGUCUUCUGCUUCUCCCAGGAGAACAUCAUCUGGGCCAACCUGCGUUAUCGCUGCAACGACACUCUUCCCGAAGACUUUGACACCUACAGAGCCCAGCAGGUCCAGCUGGCGGUCUGAUGACAACAAAAGACCACUGGGGAAUUCUGGGAGGACUUUCCAAAGUAGAACUGGCGUCAGAACAUCAGCGCUUUGGAAACAUUUAUAAAAAGUCAACCACAAGAGUCUGAAAUAUUUUAUACAUAAAAGCUGAUCGCUAUGUUUUUAACUCCUGCAAGAAGAGGAAACAGCAGUAAAAUUACAUAUAUAUAAUAAUUAUAAUAAUAAUGUAAUGUUUAGUUGUUACUGAACUAAAAUUUCUUUCAUAAAUAAUUAUAAAAAUAAUCAUUUGUACUUUUGAAAGAGAAACUAUUGUAAAGAUUUAACUGUCAUGAAUAAAUGUGAAUUUUGGUGUAA